UACAUAAUAUAUCUUCAUGAAUAAUAUAAUUUACGCUCUUGGUAAUGAAAAACUCAAAUGAUGAGUAGCCUAUAAUUACUUAUUGUUCUUAUAAGUAUAUUUGUAGCUAUUAGCAAAUCAUAUAAAUUAAUUAUGGUUGGAUCUUAUGGUGAAGAAGACUUGCUCAAUUAAUACUGAACCACAUUCAAUGGUGGGGUGAAAAGUUUGGUGGGUGUGUUCUAAAACGUCGUGUGAGUAAUUAUACAAAAAUGAUUAAGUGUAGAUGAUCGUUACAGUUAAUGUUGGAAGAAGACCCGCUAAUUCAUCUCUAGGCGGAUAAAUGAGUUUUUGAACGAUUACAAUAAUACUUCUGUUCUCAUUCGAGGAGAAAUUAGACUAGUAGAAUGUCAGACAUCAAAACUGAGACUAGAUUCAGUCCCGUCGGUUAUCCUCAGUUGUGGUAAUCUAUCUGUGGAAACCUCACAAUAUUCAGCCAGUACUGAGCGGAAUGGAAACUGAAAGUCAAAUUUGUUUGAAAAACAAGAACUUCAGUCCAAUAAUGCGCCCAGUGAUGAAACAGAGGUUCCAAGCUAAUGCAAGAGAACGAAAUAGAACUUACAGUGUGAAUUCGGCAUUCACAGUGCUACGCUCUCUUAUUCCCACUGAGCCAGCCGAUCGUAAACUGUCGAAAAUUGAGACACUUCGAUUGGCUACAAGCUACAUUUCUCAUUUGGAUGCUCAACUCACAACAGGUUCAGAUAAUCAACCUUGUUUAAAAUUGAAAACUAUUCAAAUCAACGACAAAGCAAGGGAUAUUCCAGUCUGUACUUUCUGCUUAUCUCUGUGUAGAAAGAAAGUGGAAUAUGAUAGUCCUUACUCUUCUGUGUUUGAACAAUCAUUUUGAAAUUUGGAUUUUAGCCUGGAGUUGAUCGUGAGAAGAAAGUCCAAAGGAUAAGAUUCUGGGCACUUUUUUCAAGUUAGGUGAAGUAUUUGUAACCGAAUUAUGAUAAUGUGAAUGAAU